CGACAAAUAUGAUCCAAGUGGAUCUAGUCCAACAACUACUCCUAUAGUUCGUAUGAUGGUAUGAGGCGAAAAGGGCCUUCGGAGCACGAGGUCAAUGUGGCAAAACUCAAGCGGAUAGUCAGGCCACUAAUCAGUAAAAUACACGUACUUAACGGUUUGAACGUGAAGUAUCCAGAUAUUCUUGAGUUCAAGUUUCCACAUGAACCAUACCACCAGGUUUCAACAAAUGACAACAAUGUCAAUCUUCCACCAACAAAAAAGCAAAAAACCGGGUAUGAAAAUGAGGCUGAUAUCAGUUAUACUGAGCCAGAUUUUGGACAAUUACCGAAGGAAGACCCUGCAUCUAUACCCCACUCUUUUAUUAAUCCGGAGGAUUCAAAGGCCAGAUUGGAAUCAUUGAAGCCAUACAUAUCGCUGCAGAUUUACCAGGCCUAUCGUGAGAUUUUUCAAAUUUUUCAGAACAUUAUCCACACCACAACCAACGCAUACCCAUGUAGUAUUCCUAAAUUAUCCACACUCAGCUCAUUUAAAAUGGGCAAAUUUAUGGCGUUAUCUACAAAAUCAACUUUUUACAAAUCAAAUCAGGCAUCUUUGUUCGAUCAAGAUGCUCUACCUUCCAUUCUCAAGCAAUCACAAACAAAUCUUUCUGAUGAUAUUGACCAUUGGUUUGAAUUGGAACCCAAGCUGAUCACCAAUUCGUACCGAAUUUACUUCUUUUUCGGUUAUUUGAUUCACUUGCUAACUUUUCAUCUGAACCAGAUUUUGUUCCUUUUGAUACCCGUAUUGGUCCAUUGGUUAGAGGAAGAAAGUAAGCAAGGUAAGGAGAUCUUGCGUAUUAUAUCGAGGAGUUUAUUCAGCGAGUUCUGGUUAUAUGACUCGAAAUAUGGAGAAUCCAUAGAUCGGAUGAUAAUUCAUGCCCUAAAUGGGAAUAUCGAAAAUGUCCAUAAUACCAAAAUUUUCUGGAUUCUUCAUGAUAUUGGGUACUGGAAAAGCUUCAUUGGUCCAGACAAUUAUGACAAUUAUUUUUUGAAUAGUCUUUCGCUAAACAACAAGCUAAACCACGUUCCUAAACACCUCAUUCCGGAUAUUUAUUCAGUGAUACGACGGAACCCACAGCAUCCCAAAAAUAAUCUGAUCCUUGCAAUCACAAUCACAAAUCUCAUAGCAUCAACUCGUUCAUUGCUCAAGUCGUCCACCACAACAAUAGAGAUAAUGGAGCAUUUAAAUGACUGUUAUGACCAAAUGCAACAGUUGAUAACCAGCUGGUUGUUCUUUCUGCCAGACUAUCCACUUGUGUAUAAUUCCCUUUAUCCCGGAAAUGAAGUAAUCUUUGAGGCAUUACUCAAGAUUAGUAAUUUCUUGGAGAUGAAGGUGUUACGAGUCAUAGAUCAUCUUCAAGAUCAUCGUGAUAUGGAAGAACGAAAGUACCAGUUUGAAGAAUUUUUGAUCAGGAAUGGAACUUUCUACCAUUUGAUGACAAUAUUGAGAGCCUACUUUCUUGACACAGGAGAAACUUUGGACCUUGGAAGUUAUACGCCAGAAGAAAUCAGUAGCUUAUUGAUUGAUAUGCAAGUUGCUCCAAGUAAGCUGAUUCCUAAUACGGAAUUGGACGAUUUUUUAGUUUGGCUAUAUCACACAGGUGAUACCAAAUUAUUUGACUUGGGACAGUUAUGCUUUGAGAAGUAUUAUGGAGCUUAUAGAGGAACAAGGUUGGGUACGGUGAAGGAUUUGUAUAGGUAA